AUGUCACUCACGCCACUCCCCCAUCCGCGCAGGAUCGUCACCGGACACGACGACCAGGGGAAAGCGAUCUUCCUCGCCGACUCGCGCAUCCCCUUGGAAGUGACCAAGCUGGGCGCCAGCCUCGGCGUGCUCUGGGAGACGAAGAAAGUCCCGGCCGAUAAUUCUGGGAAGGAUGAUCCCGCAACGUCGAGGACGACGGAUCUCGCGAAUAAGAGCGGGGUGGUGCUCCGGGUUGUGGACAUUGAGCCCGGUACGACGCAGGCCAAGAUGCUCUUCCACAGGACCGAGUCGCUCGACUUUGGGAUUCUGUUCGAUGGUCAAGUCUCAUGGUGA